AUGAUCACCUCGAUACAAACGGUCGUAACUCUCUCGCUUGGCCUGGCGGGCCUUGUGAGAGCGCAGUUUGAUGCUGCGCUCGUGGGCACAUGGACGACCAAGUCCAAAAAGGUCGUCACUGGUCCGGGCUUCUAUGAUCCUGUCGCAGACAAGUUAAUCGAGCCCGACCUGGCGGGAAUUUCCUACUCCUUCACUAGCGACGGAUACUAUGAAGAGGCAUACUAUCGGGCUGUCUCAAAUCCAACAACUCCCCAAUGCCCAUCCUCCAUAAUGCAAUGGCAGCACGGCACCUACUCUUUACCGGGCAACGGCUCCAUCGUCCUCACUCCCUUCGGCGUCGACGGCCGCCAGCUCACAUCCGCCCCCUGUUCCUACGACAACGCCAUCUACAUCCGUUACGAACAAGCCGAGCUCUUCAAAUCCUACCAGGUCCUCACCGACGCCUUCCACAACGUGCCCAGAUUGAAUCUAUACAAGUUCGACGGCAGCCCCAUGCAGCCCAUGUAUCUGAUGUACAGCCCGCCCCAGAUGCUCCCGACGCAGACACUCAAUCCCACGAGUGCACCGAGUUCGACGGGGAAAUCGCGGGUCAAGCGGACGGACGGAGGAGACGGCGAGCAGGAAGUGCUCCAGCCGUUGAACGGGGACUCGAAAAUCAUCCAGCAACAACCUGGCGACAUCUACAAUGCUGAUCGAUGGUGGUGGGCUGGAGUUGGAUUGACGGCUCUGGGGACGGUGAUGUACAUGCUACCAACAUCACUGUAA